CAACAAUUAACCUCAGGGGUUGGUUUCUAUACACCAUGUUAACUGGUAAUCAUGUAACUAGUAACAAGCUGAGCUAAUGAGGCCUCCUGGUUGUGAUGCACCUUAAAAAUCUAACUCUCACCACAUAAAAUUAGGCCACAAAUCUCCAGUGAUGCUGAAAAUGUCCCAUGACACAUUUUUUUAGACCUUAUUGCAAGUCAUCUCGGUUUUACCAUCCUCAGAUAAAUUAUGCUCCUCUUCAUAUGCAGGCUGACAGAUUUGGGGGAUAUUUCAUUUCACAGAGCAAAAUUCAUUUUAAAGAGGAGCUUUGAACUUAAAGACGGUCCCUAACUCCCUCACAUAUUACCCCCCUACGUUAUGUUGGUCAAAUCUGAAUAAUUGUUUGUAGUAAUACAGUAAAUCUACUGCUAUUUCAGCCUUACAUAUAAAGAUAUAUAUUCUCUGAUGCGUUAUGUGUAUUUAAACAUAACGCGGUAGUGUCAAUGAUUUUUUUUUUUUUUAAACGUGGCGAUUUGUAAAACAUUGUGAAAAAACCGCACAAUUUUGUUCAAUAUGCAACAAAAAUAACAACACAGUCGAGGUGAAAACACAACAUUAGCCCAGUGGCUGUGUUAGGAACAGUAUGGUUGGCUGGUUGCCUUUUUCUGGCAUCUGUUUCCGAGUGGGUGUUUGUGUCUGUCGUAGUAUCUGGCAACCCUGGACAGUCCCAGCCGGUGGAUCUUGCGUCGGUUCCUCUCUCAGCUGAACCUCCGCAGAAGGUCUUCUCAGUGUAGCCGGUUAGCAUCAUGGCGAACGUUGUGGAUACGAAGCUAUACGACAUCCUCGGAGUUUCACCCUCUGCCUCUGAAAAUGAACUGAAAAAGGCCUAUCGCAAACUGGCCAAAGAGUACCAUCCUGACAAGAACCCUGAUGCUGGAGACAAGUUUAAAGAGAUCAGUUUUGCCUAUGAGGUGCUGACAAACCCAGAAAAGAAGGAGCUUUACGAUCGCUAUGGAGAACAGGGGCUGCGGGAGGGAGGAGGUGGAGGGCCUGGCAUGGACGAUAUCUUCUCCCACAUUUUUGGCGGAGGACUGUUUGGGUUCAUGGGGGGACAAGGUAGAGGACGAAAUGGAGGCAAGAGGAGAGGAGAUGACAUGGUGCACCCUCUCAAAGUUUCUCUUGAAGACCUCUACAAUGGCAAAACCACCAAACUGCAGCUCAGUAAGAAUGUGCUCUGUGGUGCCUGUAAUGGUCAGGGGGGUAAAGCAGGAGCUGUGCAGAAGUGUGUGGCAUGCAGAGGACGAGGUAUGAGAAUUAUGAUUAGACAGCUGGCCCCUGGGAUGGUCCAACAGAUGCAGUCAGUCUGCACAGACUGCAAUGGAGAGGGUGAGGUGAUAAAUGAGAAGGACCGCUGCAGAAAGUGUGAGGGUCACAAGGUAUGUAAGGAGACUAAGCUUCUGGAGGUGCAUGUGGACAAAGGCAUGAAACAUGGACAAAAGAUCACAUUCUCUGGAGAGGCUGACCAAGCACCUGGCGUUGAACCAGGAGAUAUAGUUCUGGUUCUGCAGGAGAAAGAACAUGAGGAUUUCCGCCGUGAAGGCAGCGACCUUCACAUGGUCCAACGUAUCGGCCUGGUUGAGGCUCUGUGUGGGUUCCAGAUGACCGUCACUCACCUCGAUGGACGGCAGUUGCUUGUCAAAUACCCACCUGGCAAGAUCAUCGAGCCAGGCUGCAUCCGAAUGGUGAAGGGAGAAGGAAUGCCUCAGUACAGAAAUCCCUUUGAGAAGGGAGACCUUUACGUCAAGUUUGACGUCCAGUUUCCUGAGAACAACUGGAUUAGUGCUGAAAAACUGAAUGAACUCGAGUGCUUGCUGCCUGCUCGCGCUGAGAAUCCUGUCAUUUCAGCAGAUGCAGAGGAAGUUGACCUGACAGAUUUCGACAAGAGCCAAGGCUCAGGAGGCGGAGCGAGGAGAGAGGCCUACAAUGAUAGUUCUGAUGAAGAAGGCGGCCAUCAUGGCCCAGGAGUGCAGUGUGCACACCAAUAGAAAGACUCAUACGGAAGACACGCACACACACACACACACACACAUACAGACGCAUACAUAAACAUCCCUUGAGUCCCAUCGCUAACACCAUUCAAGACUUGACGCACAUACAUGCAGUUUUCUCUCCUUUCAUGAGUCCCAUGAAAAAGAGAUAAACCCAAAUACAUAUUACACAUAUAUCCACCCUCCUCAGUUCCAUGGUGCCCAUAAGUCAGAGAUAUGCCGGAUGUGUGAUGACCAUUUUGUGUUUAUGGACAGUAGUGCUCAUCAAAGCCUCCAGCAGGAAAGUGUUCCCAGUCUCAGAGGUUCAUCGACUGAACUUGACUCGGACCUCCCCGUUUUCAUCCUAGGCUUUUACCUUUCACUGUGGGAAACACCAGUCUAGUGUAUAAAAUGCAAAUAUUGUUGACUAUCUUGUAUAAGGUGUAGUUUAGUCUAUCACACACAAGCGCAUGCUGCUUUCUUGCCGAAGAUCUUGCACAUGUAGAUCCAGGGUCCGGACACUACAGAGAACUCUUGACUCCACACCGGUUUCAAAGUGCCCUGCUAACAUAAGAGCCGACCUGACUGAAGCCCUAAAAGUGUGUCCUCUGCACAGCCUGCUGAGAACCGCACAUGUUUAACCCACUGCAUCCUCUAAGGUGAACUGUCAUAUUUUGGAAAAUGGGACUGGUUCUGUUUAGUCCCCAGCGGUCACAUUGCUAGAAUUUAAAAGCCCUGAUUAUAGCACCGGUCAGCCAGGCGCCAUGUUUUCUUAGUAUGGAAUUUAAGCUUGUUUGUCUUUGUCGGUUUGAAUGUUUAGUGUGUUUGAGACCUCAGAACUUGAACAUAAUUUGUGUGCUCAUUAUUUGGUAUGAGAACACACUUGUGUACUUUUUAUGUAUGUGUGUUAUGCAGUGGCUCAGUGUGUUUUGAGCUGCUGUGGAAUGUUCUGGCUUACUAGGGUGAUAGUUAUCCCUGCUUUGUGUUGGACUGCAGUGUGAGUGGACACUAUACUAUAGGGUUGAUUACAGAGGAGAAAACAGAAUGUUUAUUUGUCGAGAAUCUCUCCCACGUAGACAUUUUCCUUUUUUUCUCGCCAGGGGAGAGAUCAUCCUCUCUUGCAGGAAAACCACUGGGCCCACACCAACCCUCUGUAUUAUACAUAUCUCCCCAUCGUAGAGUUGUUAGCCAAAUCCUUUGACAUGUUAAAAUAAUUCCAUUCCCAUAGACCUGUAAAUAAAUACAGCCCCAGUCCAUAGGUGCAUUCUGUCUACAGCAGUGUCCUUCGUCUCAUCAUUAUUUCUUACAUAAGUGAGUAAUGGCCAGCAGUGCCAAUAUAAUUGUUGCGUUAACAUGAAGGGGAGUUAAUGGAACCUCUGUAGACUUAACAUGCACCUCUGUGACUCAUUGUGUGUGUAAUUUUGGGCACAGGGGGGAUAAUGUGUACACAACCGAAGGGGGGGUCAUUGAUAAAUGACGUUACUGUUUAUGCUUAUGUUUGUCGAGAUGAUAAUUAAACUGUAUAAUACACAGUCA